AUGGGAAUAAUAAAUGUGGUACCAUAUGGUUUUGGACUUUUUACCUCAGCAGAUGAUGUGGCUAAUCAUGCAGAAAAACUUAUGUAUGAAGGUGCUGAUAUCAUUGAUAUUUGUGGCAUAUCCACAAAAUCAAAUGGAGAUGUCAUAUCUGUAGAAGAGGAGAUUUCAUGUGUCAUCCCAAUUAUAAAAGCCAUAAAAUCUAAAAAAAGUGAUCAUGUUAUUAUUUCUAUCAACACAUUUCGAUCUGAAGUGGCAAGAAAAGCAAUUGAAACAGGAGCAGAUCUUAUCAAUGAUAUUUCUGAAGCAAAUGUACCAGUUUGUCUUCAACAUAUACGUGGUGAUUUAAAAACAAUGAAAGGUUUCACACAAUAUGAUGAUGUGAUUUCAGAGAUCAACAAUGAACUUUAUGAAUGUGUCCAAAAUGCAAUUGAAUCAGGUGUUAAAUGUUGGAAUAUUAUUGUUGGUCCUGGCAUUGGAUUUGCCAAAAAUUAUGAACAAAAUUAUGAAAUUUUAAGAAGGUUAAAAGAAUUCAAUGGUAAAGACAGCAAAUUAAAAGGAUUUCCUUGUCUUGUUAGGUUAUCAUCCGAAGAUUUUAUUGAAUCAACUUCCAACAAGAAAAAAUAUGGAACAGCAGCUGUAUGUGCUGCAUCCAUUGCAGGUGGAGCAAACAUUAUCAGAGUUCAUGAUGUUGUAGAGAUGGCUGUUGUCUCUCAGGUUUCUGACAAUAUUUGGGAAAAAAAAUUUUAA